AUGGCUAAAAAGCAGUAUGAUUUGUUAUUUAAGCUACUCUUAAUUGGCGACAGUGGCGUUGGAAAAACUUGUAUUUUGUACAGAUUCAGUGACGAUGCAUUUAAUACAACUUUUAUUUCGACUAUAGGUAUCGAUUUCAAAAUUAAAACGAUCGAAUUGGAGGGAAAGAAAAUAAAACUGCAAAUAUGGGAUACUGCUGGCCAAGAGCGUUUUCAUACUAUAACUACGUCUUACUAUAGAGGAGCGAUGGGCAUAAUGUUGGUAUACGAUAUAACUAAUGCAAAAAGUUUUGAUAAUAUAGCAAAAUGGUUAAGAAAUAUUGAUGAGCAUGCAUCAGAAGAUGUAGAGAAGAUGUUGUUGGGUAAUAAAUGUGAUAUGGUGGACCGUCGGGUUGUUUCAAAGGAACGUGGCGAAAAAAUUGCAGUUGAUCAUGGAAUCAGGUUUUUAGAGACCUCAGCUAAAGCAGAUAUUAAUAUUGAUACUGCUUUUUACGACCUUGCUAGGGCUAUCCUUGAAAAGAUGCCCUCUCGAGAAGAAGGUGCAAAACUGCCCGUAAUUCGGCCUGUAGAAACGGCUACGAACGUAGGCACCGGUGGUUGCUGUUAG